AUGACGACAGACAUAGCCACUAACUCCUCCUCCUCCCUCAACAUCGCCAUCAUCGGCGCCGGGAUCGGCGGCCUAGGCUUCGCAAUCGGCCUCUCCCACCUCUCGAUCCCCUUCACUAUCUACGAAUCCGCGCCCGCCUUCAGCGCUGUUGGCGCGGGUGUAGGCCUCGGUCCCAAUGCCCUCCGCGCUAUGGAUCUCAUUGACACCCAUUUCCGCGACGCCUACAUGAACAUUGCAACCGGCAACCUGCGGCCGGAAAAACGCCACGUGAUGAUGGAAGCAAUGCGCAUGGAAGAAGGAUUUGGCGAGGGGGAAGACUGGUUUGGGAAUGGACGUGGGGAGUGGGGCGGGAGGGGUUUUGAACGUACAGGUGCGCAUAGGAAGGACUUGUUGGAUAUUAUGACAGGGUUUAUUGAUGGGGAAAAGGUGAGGUUUCGUAAGAGAGUGGUUCGUAUGACGCAGAGAGAUGGAGAAGUCACCCUCACUUUUGACGACGGGGAUAUCGCCGUCCAUGACGCUGUCGUCGCAUGUGAUGGCGUCAAAGGAUCUUCCCGCCGCGUUGUCCUCGGCGAUAGAUUCCCGGAGGCUGUGGAACCCGUAUAUACGGGUAAAUACGUCUAUCGCGCUAUCCUCCCUAUGCAAGACGCAAAGAGCAUUUUGGGCGAUUUGGCGACGGAUGCGAAGAUGUUUAUGGCGAAGGACGCGAAUGUGUCGACGUAUCCGAUUAGCGAGGGGAGGGAGAUGAACGUGGUAGCGUUUAAGAGGGAUGAGGGGGAGUGGAGGGGGAAGGAAUUUACGGUUGAGGUUGAGAGGGAGGAGAUGUACGCCCAACCUCUCCGCUGGGGAAUAUUCCACCACCCCCACACCCCCACCUAUUACUCCUCUCUAAUCUGCCUCCUCGGCGACGUCGCACACGCCAGCGGCCCCCACCAAGGAGCAGGCGCAGGCCAAUGUCUAGAAGACGCGCUCAUCCUAUCCCGAGUAUUAGGGAAACUAGUUUCCUCAACUCCCUCCAAUAUCUUAACGCCUUCAUCGCCAGACCAGAAGCUAGAAAGGGCGAGGAUCAUCAAAGUAGCGUUUCAGGCUUACGAUGAGAUCCGUCGACCCCGAGCCCAGGAACAGGUUAGGACUACGAAUGAGUGUGGCGAGAUUUAUAACUUGCGGUUGGGCGAGGAGAUCCCUGAUAGAGAUGGAGAUGGCGAUAUAGUUGCUGCUGUUAGGAAUUUAAAGGGGAGGUUUCGGUGGAUUUGGGAGCAUGAUUUGGAGGGUGAUGUUCGGAAGGUGGAAAGUAGGUGGGGAGAUGGAGGGGAGGCAGCGAGAAAGGAGAAGGAGAUGAGGGUGAAUGGGGGAGUGAAAGUUGGAAGCGGGAACAGGGUGCAUGAGGUAGCGAGAUAAGCGGAGCAAUAUUUCCGAGGAAUAAAGCACCCUUAACUUGGUGUUAUUUAGG